AUGGCGGUAAAAACAACGGCCACGCGCUACAACUUCAUCCUCGCCUUCUUUGUAGCUCUGGGGUCCUUCACCUACGGCUACAACUCCUCCGUAACCGCCUCAGUCAUUGGCCUACCCAGCUUCUUCUCUUACUUUGACAUCGACAUCUCCUCGACCAAAGGCAGCUCUUUGGCCGGGGCCAUCAAUGGCAUAUACUCUGCCGGCGGGGCGGUCGGGUGUUGGCUGUUGUCUUACUUGGCCGACACCUUUGGCAGACGGCGCGCGAUCCAGGCCAUUUGCGUGAUAUGCAUUGUCUCUGCUGCGCUUCAGGCUGGCUCCGUCCACAUUGCCAUGUUCCUCGUGGGUCGGUUCAUCAACGGGAUUGGCGUGGGUAUGAUGAAUGCCAUUGUACCCAUGUACCAGUCCGAGAGCGCCCCGGCGAGUCAGCGAGGCCGUCUGAGCUGUGGCGGGUGGACCGCCCGUGAAAGAGACGAGGAAGCCAUUGCCAUCCUUAAGAGUCUACACAGCUCCACGGAUUCGUCGCAUGGAAAUGAUUCCCCCACCGAGUACCAACAAAUCAAGAGCCAACUACAGCUUGAAGCAAGCGAAGGCGCCCAGAACCUAAUUCAAGUCCUUUUCAAUCCGCGGUGGAGGCGCCGCAUGCUCACGGGAUUCCUGGUACAAUUCCUCAUGCAAAGCACCGGAAUUCUGGUCAUCUUUAAUUACCAGAUUCUGAUGUACAACAGUCUUGGAUUGACAGGCUCCCUACCUCUGCUGCUCCUGGCCAUAUAUAACGCCAUUGCCGCUUUCAUGAACUGGGUCAACUCUCUCAUUCUCGACCGAUUGGGCCGCAUUCGGAUCAUUACCAUCGGGCUGGCUGGCUGCGUCAUCAUCAUGUCCUGCUACACCGCCAUGGCCGCCACGUACAUUGGAACAGACAACCGUGUGGGCAACGCGAUGGGCGUUUUCUUCAUCUUUGCCUUCAUGAUGCCGUACGCCGGUUGUUUAGAUGCUAGCAGUUACGUCUAUUGCGCUGAGAUCUUUCCCACUGCAAUUCGCGCUCACGGCAUGGGCUUUUCAGUCAGCGGCCUCUUCAUCUCCAACAUCAUCUAUACCCAAGCGGCCCCAACCGCGUUCAACAACAUCCAGUGGAAGUACUUCCUUGUCUUCAUAAUUGUCCCGUUCGUGGGAUUGUUCUUCUUCCGCAAGUACUGCCCGGAAACGAAGAAUCUUUCCAUCGAAGAGAUUGCUGGUCUCUUUGGCGAUAGGGUCAUUGAGGCGCCAGAUACCGAAAAGAUGAAUCCGAGAGGAUGGGAACUUCGGAAAAUGUUGAGAAGGCACAUGCAGCUCUUCAAACGGCAUCACUUUAUCAUCGGCCAAUACCGCAUGAAUGAGCGGACUCGUGUUGGCGGUGAUGCAGGGAAAUAA